AUGCUAUUGAGACGAUCAAAAAGUCUUAAUAACGAAGAAAUACUUGAGCUGAACCCAGAGAUUGAACGAACGUGCCGCGCAAAUAGAGCAAGAAGAAGACAAAACACAGCUGAAAACAUGAACGGAUUAGUUAAUCCCAAUCAAGAGCAAAGGCUACGUGAUAUUCAAAGGCCAACGGUUACUGCAAACCCGUCUUGUAUCCGUUUGAGUGAAGCAGCAAGGAACUAUGAGCUCAAAACUUUCCAUCUCAAUAUGCUGCCUCAGUUUAAUGGAACGGCUACUGAAGACUCACUAGCCUUUAUCAGAGAUUUCUAUGGUAUUGUGCAGACUUUACCGCUGAACAAUCUCAAUGAGGAUGAGCUAAGGACGAGGUGUUUUCCUCAUUGUCUGAAAGGAGACGCGAGACAGUGGCUGUUGAACCAACCAGAAGGUGUUUUUCUCACAUGGGAGGAUGUCUACAAUGAAUUCAUGCUGAGGUUCUACUCACCACAAAAGACCAUGGAUCUCAGGGCAAAAAUUUGCAACUUUGUGCAACGAGAUCCAGAAUCUUUUCAUGAAGCAUGGGAAAGGUUUAAGCUGCUCUUAACUCAAUGCCCUCAUCAUCAAGUGCCAGAGAAUUUGCUGACUCAGUUUUUCUAUGAUGGCCUGAACGUUAAUUGUCAAACGCUAGUUGACACAGCUUCUGGAGGUUACUAUGGAGAUACCACAGCUGCAGAACUCAUGAAAACCUAUGAAAAAUUGGCAAUGAAUUCAAGGCAGAAGGCAAUCAGAGGAAAAAGGGCAGGAGUAUAUGAAAUCAACUCUCAUUCUGAUCUCUCAGCACAAAUGGCUGAUUUAACCAAGCAAGUCAAGAUGCUUGUAGACAGAGAUACUUCCAAUCAAGAGUCGUGUGCCUUUUGUGGGAUGUUUGGACACAAUGCAAAUGUGUGCGCAAACGUUGAAUCGGCACCACCAAACUGUGAGGAAGCCAAUUUCAUGGGAGCCUUCCAGGGUAGACAAGUCAAGAAUGACCCUUUCUCAAACACUUAUAACCCUGGAUGGCGCAAUCACCCAAAUUUCUCUUGGAGGGAUCAAGGAGCGAAUAGGCAAGCACCACCCCCGGGAUUUCAGCAACAAAGACAAGUUCCUCCGCCUCAACAACAGAAUAAUCCGGACAGGAAGCCUUCUGUGGAAGAGAUGAUAUCUCAGUUUUUAGCAACUCAAGAUACCACUGUUAAGAAGAUGGAUGCAAAAAUUGACCAGUUGGCACAGUCAAGUCAAGCAUCAAUUCACAAAUUAGAGUUGCAGCUGGGUCAGUUGGCAAGAACUGUUGCUGAACGUGAACAAGGCAAACUCCCUAGUAAUACUGAAAAUAAUCCAAAGGAGGGAGUUAUGGCCAUCAGUCUCAGGAGCGGGACUCAGGUGGAGACUGGAAGCAAGGGCAAGAAAGUAAUUGAGAUUGUCGACGAGGGGGACGACAAGGAAGAGAGUGAACACGAUGCAAAGCAAGGGAAUAAUCUUGAUAAGGAAGUGGUGGCUGAUCCUUCAGUCAAACCUUAUGUUCCACCCAUUCCAUAUCCACAAAGGCUGAAGAAGAAAACUACUGACAACAAUUUUCAGCACUUUCUUAAUGCCUUUAAAAAGAUUGAGCUUAAUAUUCCUAUUUUGCAGGCCCUUGCUAAGAUGCCUUCCUAUGCCAAGUUCUUAAAAGAACUAGUUUCCAACAAGAGCAAGCUAGAGGAGUACGCCACCGUAGCUUUGACUGAAGAAUGCAGUGCCAUACUUCAAAAGAAGCUACCACCUAAGCUUAAGGACCCAGGAAGUUUUUCUAUUCCUUGUGUUAUUGGUGCUACUACUAUCUCUAAAUGUUUGUGUGAUCUUGGUGCUAGUGUGAAUAUUAUGCCUGCAUCCCUUUAUAAGAGGCUUGGUAUGAAAGAGAUGAAGCCCACAACUGUGUCUCUACAAUUGGCUGAUCGAUCGAUCAAAUAUCCUUUAGGCAUUGUAGAAGACUUAUUUGUGCGAGUGGGCAAGUUUUAUUUUCCUGCAGAUUUUCUUAUUCUAGAAACAGAAGAUGAAAAUGAUUUAUCUAUGAUUUUAGGUAGACCGUUUUUAGCUACAGGAGGUGUGUUGAUUGAUGUUGUUCAAGGUAAACUUACCUUUAGGAUGGGGAGUGAGAAAGAAGAAUUUAAUAUUCUUAAGGCGGUGAAACACCCAUCACGUGAUGAUUCUUGUUUUAGUGUUGAUGUGAUUGACCAUGCUAUUUUCCAUAUUGCUGAACAGGAAUCAUUCAAGGAACCAUUAGAAGCAUGUUUAAUUUUGAGUUCGCAUGAGAAGGAUGAAAAUCCUGAAAUAGCUGAGUGUGCUAUGCGAUUAGAAGGUGAAGGUUUCAGGACCUAUAGAUACAAGCCUCAAUAUGAUGAGCUUAAAUGGGAACCAAAACCAAAACCAACAGUUGUAGAACCACCAAAGCUAGAGCUAAAACAGCUACCAUCUCAUUUGAAAUAUGCUUUCAUUGGGCCUAACGACACAUAUCCUGUUAUUAUUUCUUCUGGUCUAUCUGAUGUGCAGGAAGAGAAGACAAUGCGGGUUUUGAGGAAUCGAAGCAAGGCGAUCGGAUGGUCGAUUCAUGACAUUAAAGGGAUUAAUCCAUCGAUCUGCAUGCAUAAGAUUCGAUUGGAGAAGGAACAUCGCCCUAGUGUCCAAGGACAAAGAAGACUCAACCCGAACAUGAAGGAGGUUGUGCGGGCUGAAGUGAUUAAGCUUCUUGACGCAGGAAUCAUCUACCCUAUCUCUGAUAGCGCCUGGGUGAGUCCUGUGCAAGUUGUACCAAAGAAAGGAGGCACAACCGUGGUCAAGAAUGACAACAAUGAGCUGAUUCCGACGAGGAUGGUCACCGGUUGGAGAGUAUGUAUCGAUUAUCGCAAACUGAACGCGACCACAUGUAAGGACCACUUUCCCUUACCUUUCAUUGAUCAGAUGUUAGAGCGUUUAGCUGGGCAUCAAUUUUAUUGCUUUCUAGAUGGCUAUUCGGGUUACUAUCAAGUGCCUAUCGAUCCUGAACAUCAGGAAUAUACGACAUUCACAUGUCCGUAUGGCACUUUUGCGUAUCGCCGAAUGCCAUUUGGUUUAUGUAAUGCUCCAGGUACUUUUCAGAGAUGCAUGAUGGCUAUAUUCUCUGACAUGGUAGAAAAGAUCAUUGAGGUCUUUAUGGACGAUUUUUCUGUAUUUGGCUCUUCCUUUGACGUUUGUUUAUCCAAUCUAGACAGGGUAUUAGAGCGUUGUGAAGAGACCAAUUUAGUUCUGAAUUGGGAAAAAUGCCAUUUUAUGGUACAAAAUGGAAUCGUCCUUGGGCAUAAAAUUUCAGCUGCAGGUAUUGAGGUCGACCAAGCGAAAGUGGAGGUAAUAGAGAAGUUGCCACCUCCAAACUCAGUGAAGGCAGUAAGGAGUUUUCUGGGUCAUGCAGGUUUUUACAGACGGUUCAUUAAAGAUUUUUCAAAAAUUGCUAAACCUCUUUGUGAUUUACUGAUCAAAGAUGUUACUUUUCACUUUAAUGAAAGUUGUCUUAUUGCCUAUAACACAUUAAAGAAAGCUCUUAUUUCUGCCCCCAUUAUUGUUUCCCCUGACUGGUCACUCCCUUUUGAACUAAUGUGUGAUGCAAGUGACUUUGCUAUUGGCGCUGUUUUAGGACAGAGGAAGGAUAAAAAGUCACAUGUAAUAUACUAUGCGAGCAAGGUUCUCGAUAGUGCUCAGAUAAAUUAUGCCACUACUGAGAAGGAAUUUUUAGCUGUGGUUUAUGCAUUUGACAAGUUUCGUUCUUAUCUUGUAGGUUCAAAGGUGAUAGUAUACACGGAUCACUCCGCAAUUAAGUAUCUCAUUUCUAAACAAGAUGCUAAGCCACGAUUGAUUCGAUGGGUUCUUCUUUUACAGGAAUUUAAUUUCGAAAUCCGGGAUAAGAAGGGCUCCGAGAAUGUUGUAGCUGACCAUCUCUCUAGAUUGGAAAAUGGGAAGCUUAGUAAGGAGGAAACGGUUAAUGAUGACUUUCCGGAUGAACAGUUAUGGGCAGCCCAGGAACUUGAGGUACCAUGGUUUGCUGAUAUUGUGAAUUAUUUGGUAUCUAACAUUGUUCCACAGGAGUUCUCCUACCAUCAAAAGAAACGGUUUCUAUCUGAGGUGAAAUACUACAUAUGGGAGGAACCGUUACUUUUUCGAAGAUGUGCUGACGGAAUCAUACGACGAUGUAUACCAGAGGAAGAGAUGAUCCCAAUUCUGCAGGAAUGUCAUUCUUCUCCUUAUGGCGGACAUCAUAGCGGACUUAAAACGUCGGCGAAAGUGCUACAAAGUGGAUUUUAUUGGCCAACACUCUUUAAGGAUGGAAGGAGCUUCGUAUUGGCGUGUGAUAAAUGUCAGAGGACUGGAAACAUUGGCCGGAGAAACGAGAUGCCUCAGACAGGCAUCCUUGAGGUAGAAAUUUUUGAUGUAUGGGGUAUUGAUUUUAUGGGUCCCUUCCCACCAUCUUUUGGAAAUCAAUACAUUCUCGUCGCAGUCGAUUAUGUUUCAAAAUGGGUUGUAGCUGUUGCACUAAAAGAUAAUACUGCUAGUAGUGUAGUCAAGUUCAUUAAGAAACACAUCUUUUCCAAUUAUGGGGUUCCUAGAGUCAUGAUUAGCGAUAACGGUGUCCAUUUUCAGAAUCAUCAAUUCAGAAGUCUUAUGAAUAAAUAUGGAUGCCAACACAAGACUAGUACCCCUUAUCACCCACAAACUAGUGGGCAAGUAGAAAUAUCUAAUAGGGAACUUAAGUUAAUUCUUGAGAAAACUGUUAGUGCUUCUAGGAAAGAUUGGUCUCUUAAGCUUGACGAUGCACUAUGGGCGUACCGAACAGCGUUUAAGACACCUUUAGGAAUGUCACCAUAUAGGCUAGUGUUCGGUAAACCUUGUCAUCUCCCGGUAGAGUUAGAGCACCGUGCUUAUUGGGCUGUAAAAAAGCUUAAUUAUGACUUGAAAACUGCCGGAGAAAAGCGUUUGCUACAACUUAGUGAGCUUGAUGAGAUUAGACGUGAUUCUUUUGAGAAUGCACGAAUUUAUAAAGAGCGAACUAAAGCGUGGCAUGACAAGCAUAUCAUUCGGAAAGAAUUUAAAAGCGGGCAAAAGGUUCUUUUAUUUAACUCUCGCUUUAAGUUUUUUCCAGGAAAGUUGAAAUCAAGAUGGUCCGGACCGUUCAUUGUCACUCGAGUAUUCCCUCAUGGUGCAAUCGAGAUUGAAGGUAAGGAUAACCAGCUCAUUAAGGUAAAUGGUCAACGACUUAAACCUUAUCUUGAAAGUGGGCAAAUUGAAAAAGCGUUUUCUUGUCGUAGCCGACCACAGUUUGGGCAUUUAGCUCGUUUUUUUUUUGAUUAUUCUGAUUUUUUUUUUCCCCCUUUGACCGGACCUGUGACCGGACCUGCCCAGCAGAUCAGGCCACAGGACCGGCUGGUUCACAGAAAGGUCCAGGGAGCCAACCGGACCUGUGACCGGACCUGCCCAGCAGAUCCGGCCAUAGGUCCGACCCAGCUUCUGCCUGCCCAGCAGGUCGGCCGGAUCUCCAGCCGGACCUACCCAGUAGGUCCGGCCGGUGGAGUCUCUCUUUCAUUAAGGCUGUUUUUGCAUGAUGUAAGGAUUGGGUGUGGGUUGUAUAAGUUUCAUCUAGCAAUUAUUUUGAGAAGUUGUGAUGGUAGUGUAAGUUAUGUUGUACCUAAUUGUGUUGGCUUAUUUUUAGUUGCUUAUACGCUAUGA